AUGGUGUUGGGAAGAGAAAAAACGGUCGUGAAUAAAUUUGCUUUACCAGCGGUUUGUGUGGUUUUAAUGUGUAUUCUUUGCACAUUUAUUGGUGUCUUUCUGAAGUUCAAUGGAACAGAAUCUCUCAAGUUUUGUAUGGUUGGCGAUAGACCAGUGGACUUGGUGACAUUCUCACAACAAUACCACCAUACUCCAAACUGUACGGUAGAGGGGUUAACUCAAGUAUUUUGUUCACAACAAAAUCAAUCCUCAGAACUCCAUUGUGAAGAAUAUUUUUCACGUAUCACAAAAAGUAUCAAACGCUGGAAGGGUAAACAGCCAGCAAUAGGAGAACGAAUUGCUAUACCAGGCCUGUCUAGUGGAGUUUUUGUCGAAAAUCUGUGGAGCAAAUACCAAAGAGUUGGAGAUCUUCUGUCCAAGGAGAAAGCACCGAGCAAAAAAACAGAUCGUGCACAUUCUCAGGGGUUUUAUAUAUUUGCGGAACAAACGACAUCUUUUAUGAUCCUAAUUGGUGUAUUUUUUCCUUCUGUAACAGGUAUUAUGGCCGGAUCAAAUCGUUCUGGUAAUCUUAAAGAUGCUUCACGUUCGAUACCAGUUGGUACUUUGGCAGCUCAGAUAUCUACUUCGAUUGUCUACCUUACCGGUGUUCUUUUGUUUGGAGCUUCAGUUUCUGAGAUGUUUAUUCGUGACAAAUUUGGACAGUCAGCAAUGGGAAAAUUGGUGAUUUCACAGUUGGCUGUACCUCAUCCAACAGUUAUAUUGAUAGGAUGUUUUUUGUCUACCGUAGGUGCCGGAAUGCAGUCAUUAACUGGUGCUCCACGUCUGCUGCAAGCUAUUGCUGACGAUGACUUAAUACCAUUUCUGUCACCGUUUCGGCAAACAGAUUCACGUGGAGAACCGAUAAAAGCAAUAUUUUUAACGCUUUUAAUAUGCGAACUAGGAAUUCUUAUUGCGGUUAUUGAAAAUAUUACUGCACUUAUCACACAGUUUUUCUUGAUGUGCUACUUGGGUGUUAAUGCAGCUUGUGCUCUACAAAGUAUUCUGAAGACUCCCGGAUGGAGGCCAUCGUUUCGGUAUUUUCAUUGGUCGUUAUCGCUUCUGGGCUCAUUUCUGUGCAUUGCAGUGAUGUUUAUAUCAGCAUGGCAUUUUGCUUUAAUUGCCAUCUUUAUUGGAGUUGCAGUAUAUGAAUAUAUUGAAUAUGCCGGUGCCAAAAAAGAAUGGGGCGAUGGUCUACGCGGUCUUAAGCUCUCAGCUGCUCGUUAUGCACUGCUGAAUUUAGAAUAUAAACCCGAGCAUUCUAAAAACUGGCGUCCUCAGUUGUUAGUAUUGUUACCAAAUGAAGAAAAUGAACAACAGGAAGGUUUACUAUCUUUUGUAUCCCAGCUAAAAGCUGGUAAAGGUUUGACCAUUAUUGGCAAAUGUAUAAAAGGUAAUUAUCCGACGCAGAGCGAAACGGCUGAAACAACUCGACAGCAGUUGAAUUCAUUACUGAAGAAUUAUAAAAUCAAAGGCUUUUGUGAUGUGCUGGUAGUCAGUGAUAUUCUCCAAGGAAUUUCUUGCUUAGUUCAGACUUCUGGACUGGGAGGACUUCGGCACAAUACAGUUGUUUUACCUUGGCCGCAACAGUGGCAUUCGGUACGUGAAGUUCAAGUUUGUCAACAGUUUACCUAUGCAAUCAGGGCUGCCGAUGCUGCUGACUGUGCAAUUCUGGUACUAAAAGACGCUUCAGCAUUUCCGCCAUCAAGUACUAAGGUACACGGGUACCUGGAUGUUUGGUGGAUCGUUCAUGACGGAGGACUUUUGAUGCUGAUACCAUUUUUGCUGAAACAGCAUAAAACUUGGAAGCGUACACGUCUGCGUCUUUUUACGGUAGCCCAAGUCGAGGAUAACAGCGUAAAUAUGAAAAAAGAUUUAGAAACGUUUCUCCGAUAUCUUCGCAUUGAAUCACAAGUCUUCGUUGUUGAGCUGCGGGAUACCGACAUAUCUGACUACACGUAUGUUCGUACGAUGAAGAUGGAAGAGCGGUGUAAAUUACUGAAGGAACUACAGCUGAGCGAAAAGAAACAUGAUUUGCAGAAUUCAUUUGCUGAAUCGGCUAAAGGAAGAAAGCUUUCUCGUGUCAGCGAAGAGGGCUCACUACGUGCUCGCAUUUCAAAGUUUUCGGCACCAGAAGUAGGACCAAUUCAUAUAAGAAUUCAGUCACCACGAAUACCCAGUUUUAAUGCCAGAAAGAUGCACACUGCUGUUAGGCUAAACGAAUUGAUGCGAGAGCGGAGUUGUGACGCUGAAUUAAUCAUCGUCAAUCUGCCUGGUCCGCCGACCGAAGAUGUUGCUCAGUAUUAUAUGGAAUUUGUUGAAGCUUUAACUGAGAGUCUACCACGAGUUUUGCUGGUUCGAGGAACAGGUGCUGAGGUGGUGACUAUCUAUUCGUGA